CUCGGGGAACAUGGAUGCGGCGGGCAGGGCCGCCGAGCACGGCCCCGGGGACGGCCCCGGGGACACGGCCAUGGACCGCUACCUGCGAUCUCAGGGCUUGUACAGGAAGAAAGUGGCCAAGGACGGCUCCUGCCUUUUCAGGGCUGUGGCCGAGCAGGUGUUGCACUCCCAGUCUCGCCACAUUGAUGUUAGGAUGGCUUGUGUAGACUAUCUUCGGAAAAAUAGGGAAAAAUUUGAAGCAUUCAUAGAGGGGCCAUUUGAAGAUUAUUUAAAAAGUUUGGAAAAUCCACAGGAAUGGGUUGGACAAGUAGAAAUAAGUGCCCUUUCUCUUAUGUACAAGAAAGAUUUCAUAAUAUACCAGGAGCCAAAUGCUUCUCCUUCACGUGUAACUGAAAAUGGCUUUUCUGAUAAGGUAUUGCUGUGCUUCUCAAAUGGAAACCACUAUGAUAUUGUGUAUCCCAUAGAGUAUGCAGAGAAGGCUGCUCUGUGUCAGUCCCUGCUGUACGAGCUGCUCUAUGAGAAGGUGUUUGAUGUGGAUGUAAAGAAGAUCGUGGCAGAGCUUGGUGCUGUUGGUGUGGCAGAGGAGAGCAACGGGAGCAGUGAGGUGUCUGCUUCGGAUUCGGAGGAUGACAGCUACAGAAGUAAAGCUACAACAGUUAGUGAUACGAAUGGAACGAAGUCUCUUUCUGGCAACAAGCACCUUGAGAGCAACGGGAGUCCCAACUCGUUGGUGCUGCCCAGGAAGGUUCUGAGGUCUCUGGAUCCCCUGGUUUACAGAAACGUUGAGUACGAAGUCUGGCUCCGAUCCAAAUGGGAUCAGCAAAAACAAGAUUUCUCUAUUGCUGCUGGCAUGCAAUACUCCAUUGGAGAUAAAUGUCAAGUGCGCUUAGACCAUAAUGGGAAAUUUUAUAAUGCCCAUAUUCAAGAAGUUUUUUCAGAGAAUGGGCCAGUUGUUGUAUUUGUAGAAGAGCUUGGAGCAAAGCAUGCAGUCUCACUGAAGAGCCUUAAACCUCUUCCACAGACCUCUCCCAUGGAGGGCUGGAACACUGUGCCAGGGAAGAAGAUGAAGAAGUUUUACCCAGCGUGGGGGCAGAAUGCUCAGCCUGAUGCAGAGUGCAGAGGGCCAAAGAAUCAGAGCAAGUCAGUCAAGCCCCAGUCAGCACUACCUCCUCGACUUCAGCAUACUGUGGGGACCAGGCAGCACCAGUUCCUGUGCUCGGGGCCCCAGCCUCACCAGACCUCAGCUGAGCAGAAAGCUCCGGGCAGGAAUCCUCCCCAGGCUGCCAGGAAGGCGGAGCGCGAGCGAGGCGAGGAGCCGAGCGCCGGCGGCAGGGACAGGGACAGGGACAGGGACGGGCUGCACUUCGGGCUGUCCCCGGAGGAGCGCAGGGAGCGCCAGGCCCUGGAGGAGUCCCGCUCCCUCUACGAGAUCCAGCAGCGGGACGAGCAGGCCUUCCCUGCCCUCUGCAAUAACCAGUCAGUCUGCCAGGCUGCUACACAGACUGUGGACAAUGUAAACCAGAAAAAGUUCUCAAAUAGUGAAAGGAGGAACAGCAAAUGGACAGCAGAGGUGGAGGAGCAGGAGAAAGAGUCAAAUUCCAGGCAGAUCCACUUAAGUCAGAAGCUUGAGCCAAAUUCAUCUGAGAAGAAUAGUCAAGAUGAGAGUUACCCAAAAGCUUCAUCUCCUUUGGAACAAGUGAAAACAGAUUCUCCGGUUCUUGCUGAGCAAGUAAGAAAUGUUUGUUUGAUUUCAAAGUUUUCCAGUCAGGAGACUUCAGACAAAGGGGAGCUUCAUCACAGCCACACCCUGAGCGAGUGCUUGCCCAGCGUCACUCCCACUCCCUCUCCAGUCUUCUCCGAGGUGCAUUUACCUCCAGCAGUGCCUUCUGUACCAGCCAUUGUGCCAGCCUGGCCGAGUGAGCCAGCAACGUAUGGACCAGCAGGUAUUCCACCCCAAAUACCUGCUUCUUCACUGAUGCCAGGACCAGCAGCGGGACCUGACUCUCUUGUACCACAGGCUCAGGUAACAUCUACUUCAGGUGCUGGAGUUCCUGUGUGGCCACAAGCAGUUAACCAGCCUUUAAUGCCUUUGCCUCAGACUCUGAACCCCUACCAGGAUCCGUUAUACCCCGGCUUCCCUUUCAAUGAAAAGGGAGAAAGAGCUGUUGCACCUCCUUACUCCCUCUGCAGCACUGGGGAAGACUUACCUAAAGAUAAGAAUAUUCUUAGAUUUUUCUUCAAUCUUGGUGUGAAGGCAUACAGCUGUCCCAUGUGGGCGCCCCACUCGUACCUGUACCCCCUGCACCAGGCCUAUCUGGCUGCCUGCAGGAUGUUCCCCAACGUGUCCGUGCCCGUGUACCCGCACAGCCCCUGGUUCCAGGAGGCCGCUCCCGGUGACACCGACCCUGCGCGGCCCGGCCGGCACUUUGCCGUGCAGCCCGAGGCCCGGGCCAACGGCCAGGCCGCACAGGCCGACAGGGCCCCGUCGCUGCCGCUGAUCAUUCCCUCAGCUCAGGUGACAGAGAGUCAGGGACAGGUCUGUGUGGAACCCGAGACGCCCGUGCAGGCUCUUCACACCAACUACGAGGAGUCCCUGCGAGGGAAGAACGUGUUCCCGCAGCCGCCCUUCGGACACAAUCACUUCCUGGGAGCUGUUCCCAUAGCGCCUCCUUUUUUUCCCCACUUCUGGUAUGGGUACCCCGUUCAGGGCUUCAUCGAGAAUUCCGUAGCGAGGCCCAGCGUUGUGCUGUCACCCGAGGACAAGGAGGCAGCGGCUGGCGGCUCUGCCAGCUUGUACGUGGGCAAGGAGUGCGGCCCCGCGGUUCCUGGCGUGAACUGUGCCGAGCAGAAGAGCGGCGGCGGCUCCGGCGCGGCGCCGUUCCCGGCGGGCGCUGCGGGGAAGGACGCUGCGGGCAGGGCCCCUGUGCCGGAGCAGAGCUGUGCCCCGGCCGGGCCCAAGCAGAAGGCGGGCGGGCAGCAGCACCGCCCCGCGCACACGCACGGCCCUGAGCGGCCGGCGGCGCCCGGCGCGCAGCCAGAGCCCCCCAAACACGAACCCAGAGGCGGCGCCGGCGGCCGCAAGGAGAAACCCGCCAAGGGCAGGGAGCCCAGGGGCGCCGGGAGCGCGCAGGGCGAGGGCAGGGCCCCGAGAGCCAGGGAGGAGAGCUCCGAGGAUGACGCCGAGGUCUCCGACAUGCUGAGGAGCGGCCGGUCCAAGCAGUUCUACAGCCAGACUUACGGAGGGGGCAGGAGGCCCAGAGGCGACAGGGGCUACCCCAGCAGGGGAGGAUACCAGUUCCAAAGAAACGAGGAGGCCUGGAAAGGAGCGCCCGGCAGGGGCAGGGAUGACGGAUACCAGUACCAGAGGAACUUCAGAGGGCAGCCAUAUAGGAACGACAGGAGAAGGGCGGCACUGGGAGAUAAUCAGAGGGGGCAGCAAGCGUAAAAUGAGUGGAUAAUUGGAAAAUUUGAAAAGCAAAAAGUACUUUGAAGUAGCAGUUUUAAAAAUCUUAAUUUCUUUUUAGUGAAGUUCAAUGAUACGUUUAAAUUUUGGCUAAUUUUUGGCAAGUAAAGACUAGAAGGAUGUCAAGUCCUACCAUAGGGUUUUUGGGGGGUUCUAAAGUUUGGCUUAGCAGUUUUUCUUCAAUGUCAAAUUAGAAAAAAACAAUAGGUUUAGUGUUUGAUAAUUUUUUUCCCCAGGAGGUUUGUGUUUGGGAUAGAAGAUGGGUGUGUUUACUAGAGUGACAAACGACAGCAUUUGAUGUGAUCUAGAUUCUAAAAUUGACAGUAACAUUGCACCAAAUAUAAAUGUAUAUUUUAUCAUACAAUGCCUUAGUUCUGAACUGAGCUAAAGGAAUUCUCAGCCUACUGCACUGUUGUCUCUGAUAUGCUUCCAACCCAAAGGCCUUUCAUCUCAAAAAGAAAAAAUAUCUGUCAAACUUGAAUGUUUCUCUUGUGUGUUACACGUACGGCAGCCAGCUAACCCUGUGUCUUAGGUAUGUUGUAUAUAGUUCUUUUCAUAAUCAUAGGGUAUAUUUUUGAAUUUUAAAAAGCAUUUAUUUGUUGAAAUCAAAAUCAAGACAAGCAGUCAAGAAUACCUGUGUGUGAACUGAUAAGAAUGGCUGUUUCCACCAUGAAUUCUUCUUAAUGCUGGUGUGACUAGAAUGGUGCCUAUGCCAACUGAAUAAUUACAAAGACAAUAAAAAUGUAGAUGCUAUGCAUUUCCAAAAUAAUUCUGCAUCUGUUAUAAUAGCAGAAGUUUUUUUAAUGCCACUUUAACACUAAUGCACUGACAAAUCCUAGAUAUUUUGUGAGGAGAUGCAUAAAGUACGUGUUACGUUUUUUUAAGUUUGUACGAUUGAGCUACUGUUCAGUAUUCUUUUGUUGUUGCACUGUUGAUGUUUUGCAUGUACAACUCCUUGCUGGAACUACUUUUAAAAGCAAGAAUGGAGAGUCUCAGUGUGCUCUGCUCUUCCCUACAAUUCAGAAGAAAGUGGCUCCUGCCUUAUAUUUUUACACUGUGUCAGAGUUCUGAUGCUGUUUCUUCUGAGCCCGGUUCCCUGCAGUGUUCCUGUUGCCUUUGCAGCCUUGUCCAGGCUGGGGGAGUGCAGUGUGCACAGUAUUCACUCAGCUCUGUACAACGGAACCGCUGUGUAUAUUUUUAUAUCUCUGUAUACAGUAGUGUAGGUGAUGGUACCCAGUCAUUGUGUCUGAGAUCACACCCUUGGUGCGGAAACCAGAGUCAUAGUUACAUGGUAAGAGUUGGUUUUCAGAUGCAUGCUAUGUAUAAAACCCUAAUUAAAAUAAAUGUUUUGUCUUUUCA